GAGCGGCGGGAGCGACGUCGGCGUUUCGUCGAACACUUGGCGGGCGUCCAGGACUCCGGGUGGCGUAUGGCCUGGUUGGUGGUAGCCAGGGCCCAGGGGUUUAGGUCGGUUUCACAGCAAACUGCAGGUUGGGUUAGGAUGGUGAGAUUUUCAGAAUCUUUUCGAGGAGAGGAGUUGACAGAGUCUGAAAGUUCAGAACUGAAACCUGAAGAGAAAAUCGGGUCCUGACUCCUGACAGGAGUGCAAAAUGGGCGUAAGAAAGAAUCAUGGCAUGUGCUGCUUCGAGUGUAAAAGGUUCUCUCAACGUUGGAGGAGCUAAGGCAUUCAGCAAUAAUUUGUUUCGUGAUUACUUGAAAUCUUCGGUGUCUUAUCCCGUUUCAGAGAUUUCUUCUCCCAUCAGAGCGCAACAUGUAGCAUAUGGUUCGAAUCUCAUUGUUAGGGGUUCUAAGAGCAGGGACUUUAGCUCGAAGCUCGCAUCGACAAACGGCAGCUCGAAGAUUUCUGAAGAGAGGGUAACUGUAUUGGUCAUUGGUGGAGGAGGAAGGGAGCAUGCUCUUUGUUAUGCCUUGGAGCGCUCUCCAUCCUGUGAUGCAGUCUUCUGUGCCCCUGGUAACUCUGGCAUUGCUCAAUCUGGAGAUGCUACAUGUAUACCGGACCUGGACAUAUCGAACAGCGACGCGGUCAUCUCGUUCUGUCGCAACUGGGGAGUCGGGUUGGUUGUAGUUGGGCCUGAAGCACCCCUUGUUGCUGGCCUUGCAAAUGAGCUUGUCAAAGCUGGGAUACCUACUUUUGGUCCUUCAUCAGAGGCUGCAGCGUUAGAAGGGUCAAAAGACUUCAUGAAGAAGUUGUGUGAUAAGUACCACAUUCCCACCGCAAAGUACCAAUCUUUCACAGAUCCUUCAGAUGCUAAGAAAUAUGUUGAGGAGCAAGGAGCCCCUAUUGUUGUUAAAGCCGAUGGAUUGGCAGCUGGGAAAGGUGUAGUUGUUGCUAUGACUUUGGAAAAGGCAUUUGAAGCAAUAGACUCUAUGCUGGUUGAAGGUUCAUUCGGUUCUGCUGGGUCACGGGUAAUAGUUGAAGAAUAUUUAGAGGGGGAGGAGGUUUCUUUCUUUGCUCUAGUGGAUGGAGAAACUGCUUUGCCUCUUGAAUCAGCCCAGGACCAUAAAAGAGUUGGUGAUGGCGAUGUUGGUCCAAAUACAGGUGGUAUGGGUGCAUACUCCCCUGCACCAAUAGUGACGGAAAAACUCAAGUGCAAAGUGAUGGAGAGCAUCAUUGUCCCGACUGUUAAAGGUAUGGCAACUGAAGGAUGCAAGUUCGUCGGUGUGUUGUAUGCUGGGAUCAUGAUUGAGAAGAAAUCGGGACUGCCAAAGCUUAUUGAAUACAAUGUGCGAUUUGGUGAUCCAGAAUGUCAGGUUCUGAUGAUGCGGUUACAAUCCGACCUCGCACAGGUCUUGCUUGCUGCAUGUAGGGGAGAACUGGGGUCAGUCUCACUAACCUGGUCGCCUGAAUUGGCAACUGUGGUUGUGAUGGCAAGUGAAGGUUACCCUGGUGUUUACAAGAAGGGGACAGUAAUAAAAAAUAUCGAUGAAGCUGAGCAGGUCUCUCCUGCAGUUAAGAUCUUUCAUGCUGGAACUGCCCUAGAUCGAGAUGGAAACUUCGUCGCGGCAGGAGGCCGUGUUCUUGGUGUAACCGCGAAAGGUAAGGACAUUGAGGAAGCAAGGGCAAAAGCAUAUGACGCUCUCGACGUUGUCGACUGGCCAGAAGGAUUUUUCAGGCAUGACAUUGGUUGGAGAGCACAGAAAUAUCGGCGCAUGGUUGCACACUGAUAGGCAUGUACUGUAAAUCUGUAACUAUGUUAUGUUUGUGAUGUUAAUGGGAAUACAGCGACAGGGGAAUGGGCAUAAUAUUUAAGUAGUGGAUGCAUGGAGAUGGAAGUAAUUGGCAGCUUGGAUUAGUUCCUUGAUCGAGGAACACGUUCUUCUCAUCACUAGUUUCUUUUUGGUAGUACAUGUGUUUAUAUUUUCACCUUCUGUAUUGUAAUAAGAACUGGUGUGGACCAAUGAUGAAUGCAACUUGCUUAUCAAUAUACUCCCUCCCUUUUUUAA